AAAGCGCUAUUCAGCCGCCCGGAAAAGGCGGGGCGCGGGAGCGUGGCCGGCUCGGUGGCGUUCUUUGGGCCCGGAAGUACAGUGUCGUUGGCGCCUGGCCUUCCGGGGCGCAGUGUCGUCGUAGCCGCUGCAGGGAGGGGAGGCCAUCUUUCGAUUCUGUAAGAAGUCGGGAGGAGAGGCGGGGAGCAAAGAGAAAGGAAGGGAAGGACGGGGAGCUGGGCGCGUCCUCCUUCCGCGGAGUUGAGGCCAGGGGCGAGCUGCGGCAGGCGAGGAAGGUCGCCGAGGCCCCGAGGACAUGUUUUCCCUGUCGAGCACUGUCCAGCCCCAGGUUACAGUUCCUCUCAGUCAUCUCAUCAAUGCCUUCCAUUCACCAAAAAACAUACCCAUUUCUGUCAGCACUUCAGCUUCUCAAAACCAGCAUCGUGAUGUCGUUCCUGAGCAUGAAGCACCUAGCAAUGAGCCUGCACUUAAUUUAAGGGACCUGGGGUUGUCGGAAUUAAAACUUGGACAGAUUGAUCAACUGAUAGAAAACCUACUUCCUGGAUUUUCUAAAGGCAAAAAUGUUUCUUCUCAUUGGCAUACAUCUCAUGUCUCUUCACAGUCCUUCUUUGAAAAUAAGUAUGGUUUCUUAGAUAUGUUCAGUACUUUACGUUCCUCCAGCUUGUACAGACAACACCCAAGAACUCUUCAAAGCAUUUGUUCAGAUCUUCAGUCCUGGCCGGUUUUCAUACAGUCUCGAGGCUUUAAAACAUUGAAAUCAAGGACGCGACGUCUUCAGUCCACCUCUGAAAGAUUAGCAGAAGCACAGAAUAUAGCACCAUCAUUUGUGAAGGGAUUUCUUUUGCGGGAUAGAGGAACAGACCUUGAGAGUUUGGACAAACUUAUGAAAACUAAAAACAUACCUGAAGCUCAUCAAGAUGCAUUCAAAACUGGUUUUGCAGAAGGUUUCCUGAAAGCUCAAGCACUUACACAGAAAACCAAUGAUUCCUUAAGGCGAACUCGUCUGAUUCUAUUUGUAUUGCUGCUGUUUGGCAUUUAUGGACUCUUAAAAAACCCCUUCUUAUCUGUACGUUUCCGGACAACCACAGGGCUUGAUUCUGCAGUAGAUCCUGUCCAGAUGAAAAAUGUCACCUUUGAACAUGUUAAAGGAGUGGAAGAGGCCAAACAAGAAUUACAGGAAGUUGUUGAAUUCUUAAAAAAUCCACAAAAAUUUACUGUGCUUGGAGGUAAACUUCCCAAAGGAAUUCUUUUGGUUGGACCCCCAGGAACAGGAAAGACCCUUCUUGCCCGUGCUGUGGCAGGAGAAGCUGAUGUUCCCUUUUAUUAUGCUUCUGGAUCAGAGUUUGAUGAGAUGUUUGUGGGUGUAGGAGCCAGCCGCAUCCGAAAUCUCUUUAGAGAAGCCAAGGCAAAUGCUCCUUGUGUUAUAUUUAUUGAUGAGCUAGACUCUGUUGGAGGGAAGAGAAUUGAAUCUCCAAUGCACCCAUAUUCAAGGCAGACUAUAAAUCAACUUCUUGCUGAAAUGGAUGGUUUUAAACCCAAUGAAGGAGUAAUCAUUAUAGGAGCCACAAACUUCCCAGAGGCAUUAGAUAAUGCUUUAAUACGUCCUGGUCGUUUUGAUAUGCAAGUUACAGUUCCAAGGCCAGAUGUAAGAGGUCGAACUGAAAUUUUGAAAUGGUAUCUCAACAAAAUAAAGUUUGAUAAGUCUGUCGACCCUGAAAUCAUAGCUCGAGGGACUGUCGGGUUUUCUGGAGCAGAGCUGGAGAAUCUUGUGAACCAAGCUGCAUUAAAGGCAGCUGUGGAUGGAAAAGACAUGGUUACCAUGAAGGAGCUAGAGUUUUCCAAAGAUAAAAUUCUAAUGGGGCCAGAACGGCGAAGUGUAGAAAUUGAUAACAAGAACAAAACCAUCACAGCCUAUCAUGAAUCUGGUCAUGCUAUCAUUGCGUAUUACACAAAGGAUGCAAUGCCUAUCAAUAAAGCUACAAUCAUGCCACGAGGACCAACACUUGGACAUGUGUCACUGCUGCCUGAGAAUGACAGGUGGAACGAAACUAGAGCCCAGCUGCUGGCACAAAUGGAUGUUAGCAUGGGAGGAAGAGUGGCAGAGGAGCUUAUAUUUGGAACUGACCAUAUAACAACAGGUGCGUCCAGUGAUUUUGAUAAUGCAACAAAAAUUGCUAAGAGGAUGGUUACUAAAUUUGGAAUGAGUGAAAAGCUUGGAGUUAUGACCUACAGUGAUACAGGAAAACUCAGUCCUGAAACUCAAUCUGCCAUUGAACAAGAAAUAAGAAUCCUUCUAAGGGAGUCCUAUGAACGAGCGAAACAUAUCUUGAAAACUCAUGCAAAAGAGCAUAAAAACCUAGCAGAAGCUUUGUUGACCUAUGAGACUUUGGAUGCCAAAGAGAUUCAAAUUGUGCUUGAGGGGAAGAAGUUGGAAGUGAGAUGAUACCCCUCUUGCUGUGAGUGCGUGGCUGGUUUUAUUACAAGACUCUAAGUAGUACUGCAGUAGUCUCCUUUUGCAGCUCUCUACCCCUCCCCCUCCUGGACAGCGUCAUUCAGGGCUGUGAAACACUGUCAGUCUUUUGUCACAUUCUAUACUUUUGGUUUUUUCCAUGAUGACACUUGUGCAAAUUAGCCACCUACAACAAAUAUAUUUUAAAAAUAAAGAACUAUUAAGGAUUGAAAAUGGCUUAUUUGAAAAAGUUAUGUAUGUGUAAUUGUAUUGUUGUUUUCUCUACUGGAAGUGAGUAAAACCUGUGCCUUUGGCUA